UCACGAACGUUAACUGUACAACCAAUCACCGAUUGUAAUGAUAAUAAUGAUAAAAACAUCAACAAUAACUGCAAUAAUAACGAUGGAUCGGCGACGUCUAAUGGAGAUAUUCAUUACAAACUCGACUAUGACUUCGGCUCAAAUAAGCUGAAUGUAACGAUAAUUGAAUGUAAAAAUUUACCAGCAAUGGAUCGGAAUGGUAUGUCGGAUCCAUACGUUAAAGUAUAUUUGUUGCCUGAAGGGAAGCAAAAAUAUGAAACAAAAAUAAAAUACAAAAAUCUCAGUCCAAUAUUUAAUGAAACUUUUUCUUUUAAUGUGCCAUUCGCAGAAUUGCAGCGUAAAACAUUGCUAAUAGCAGUGUACGAUUUUGAUCGAAUAAGCAAAGACGAUCGUAUUGGCCAAAUAUCAAUAGCACUCGAUAGUGUUGAUUUUGGUUUCGUUGUUGAAAAAUGGCAGAAAUUAAAUUCACCUGAAGAAGAUAACAAAUCGGAAUCACGUUUGGGUGAUAUUUGCUUUUCUACACGAUAUCGAUCUGCAACGGGAACUCUUACAGUUACAGUAAUGGAAGCAAGGAAUUUGAAAAAAAUGGAUGUGGGUGGAUUAUCAGAUCCUUAUGUUAAAUUACAUUUGUUCCAUGGAAAAAAAUUAUUGCUUAAGAAGAAGACUACUAAAAAAUUCAAAACUCUUAAUCCAUAUUAUAACGAAAGCUUUCAAUUCAAAGUGCCACCAUCGAUUGUGGAGAAAGUACAUUUGGUCUUAAGUGUUUGGGAUUAUGACAAAAUGAGUAAGAAUGAUUUUAUUGGCGAAGUGUUGCUCGGUGCAAAUACUUUUUAUAAUCCAGCUAUAAGCCUUGCUGGACAAAAACAGUGGACUGAAAUGAUGAAAACUUCAAGACCAGUUGUGAUGUGGCAUACAUUGCAACCAAAAUCAUAA